CAAUGAACACUGGGAAAAAUAUUUUUCAUGGCUGUUUUACAUCUCUUUAAAACAGGAAAUUAUUUGAACAAUAAACCGUAUAUAAAGAGAUACACGAUAAUGUUUUUAGACAAUUCGGUGCUGAGCAUGGAUUCUUUUUAUUUUGUUGCCGUGGUUAUAAGUUUAUUUAGUGAUAGUGCGUUUGGCGGCUAUUGCACUUCAUACACAUACGAUUCAUCAAAAACUUACGUGAAGUGCGGCACGUGGGGAUGGAGUAGGUGUCCAUCGUAUUCAAAGUAUGCAGUACCACACCGGGUGUGUUGCGUUGGAUGGAAAAACCCUGGGUGCUCAGUUCCAAUAUGCAAUAAUAGAUGUUUGAAUGGUGGAUGGUGUUCUGGUCCUGAUCGGUGCACUUGUCCAUCAUCAUUUGAGGGUCGACAGUGCGCCACAAAAAUAUGCUCAGAGAUCGCACCCUGUUAUCCCGGCACAUGUAGUAAUGCGCAAAGAUGUACUUGCUAUAGAGGUUUUACAGACACUUCUAGCGGAUGCCUUACGUGUAAGUUCAUAUUCCUAUGCUCAAAAACGUAAAUAAAUUUGUUUGUUUGUUUUGGUUCUGCGUCACAACGACACUGUAUAUGUCUAAUGGCGACGUUCUAGCUUUACUGGUUGAGGAAUACCUCAGGAGGUCUUCCUUCCAUUGUUCAGACACGAACGGACAACCUAGUAAAACGUAAAUGUAUGAUAUAUUGAUCGAGCGUUUACACUACAGAAUGAGAUAUGCGCAUGGAUUUGCAUGUUGCCUUUUCUUCUUGAUUUGUAACAAAAGUCUUUUAUUUUCGUAUUACAAGGACCUGUUAUCCCUAUCUAGCGCAAACUUU